GGAGGGUACAUAAACUCACGCUUAAACGGAUGCUGAUCAUAGUGCACUAUAUCUUCCUUUCUUCGCUUAAUCGUGCCUUCUUUGAGAACUGUGGCACACUGAAGGAUAAGGGCUUUUUAGAUGAACUGUUUUAAUGUAAAGCAAAAUUUCUCCAAAUCUGAUCUGAAAAAGAAACAAACUUUCAUCAAAUCUUUCCCAGUCCAAGACAGCAGGACUGGCACCUGGGGGUGAUACUUGUUGAUGUAUCCCAAAAAGAAGAAGCAGAGCGUCGGAUGCGACCAUGUUCAUUCCACCCACACCUGACUCCUCAGUUCACAGGAGAACACAGCUUUGCAUUUGCUUUUUGUUGCUAUGUCUUUGGACAACCAUCUGUCUGACUUCAUGGAAAUUCCUGAAGAGCGGCCAUCCGAGACAACAAUUUCAGCCCCCCGUUCCCAGACGUGAAACAAAAAAACAGUCAAAAACAAAUUCCUCCUCUGUGAUUACUGCACUUGACAUGGGAAUCAGUGAUGAGGAGUGGGAAAGACUACAGAAGGCUCUUAACUGGCCCGGUCCAGAUCAACUAAUCACUCAGCUGAAUCUGACCACAAGUCCAGUCCACUCGACAUUCUCUGUUGUGGAACCCAAAAACAGUUACAAAGUAGGAGAAAACAUCUCCGUUAUUAUCACAGCCAGAGACCACAACAAGAGCCCGAAAACAUACGGAGGAGAUUUUUUCAAAGCAAAGCUUUUCAAUUCAGAGCUAAAGGCGAGUGUGUACGGGGAGGUUGUGGAUCAUCGUAAUGGGACUUACUCUGUUGUUCUUCUUCUUCCCUGGGAAGGUCAGGCAGAAGUUUCUGUGCGUCUUGAGCACUCCAGUGAAGUUGUGCAGAUUCUUAAAAAAUACAGGGAUUCUUCGAUCACACGCAGCCACUAUAAUGGCCACUUUGAAGGGCCAGGACCCAAUAAAAUCAGGAUCAGGGAAGUAGUAGAAUGUAAUCUUAAGUGGGGUGGAGAAGGAAGUUGGAGGAAACGUAACUGCUGCUGUGAGUAUAAGGAUAUUAAAACAGGAACACAAUGGCAGUGUGAGAGACCAAAUAAACUUUCCUGUGACAAACUGGUUCAUCACUCCAUGGGACGUUUAGAAAACCCAUUAAAUCCAGUUGAAAGACAGAUUUUCACAACGAAAUUAGCAAAUCUUGCUAUUCCAGGUGACAAACAAGUCAUAAAUGUCCUUCCCGACACCGCAGGCAACGGCACAACGGAGAGAUGCAGAUCUGGCUUGACAACACCAGUUCCUGAGGGAUUCUAUUUCAAAGACGUUUGGAAGUCUUUUGCAUGCAACACUCGACAGUUCAAUUCUACACAAAUGGGAAAUUGCCUUAAAAACAAGAUCGUCUACUUGUUGGGAGACUCCACCACAAGGCAGUGGUUUGAAUAUUUAGAAAAAUAUGUGCCAGGCAUAAAAAGAAUGGACCUCCACACUCCUCGUACAGGUGGACCCCUGAUGGCUGUGGAGCUGAAAAAUAAUAUCAUUAUUCACUGGAGGCCACAUGGUGUUCCUUUAAGGUUUACUAAAAUGCUCAUUACGGACCUGCAUUAUAUCAGCAAUGAUAUUGAUGAAAUAGCCGGUGGUCCUCAUGCAGUUGUUGUAUUCACAAUUUUUGCCCAUCUUGUUUUUCACCCAAUAACAUUUUAUGUUCAUAAAGUGGCCAAAAUCCGUGAGUCUGUUGUAGCGCUGCUAAGUCGCGCGCCAGAGACCACCGUCAUCAUCAAGUCUGGAAACACUGCAGGUCUAAAGGACAUUUUUCAAAGUGACUGGUAUGCGAUGCAGCUGAACACAGUAAUGCAAAAGAUGUUCAAGGAUAUUGAUGGAGCAAUCUACUUAGAUGUCUGGCAGAUGACUUCUUGUCACUAUCUACUUGAAGAUGUUCACCCAGGUGCCGUUAUCAUUGCUAAUGAGGUUGACAUGUUACUCUCAUAUGUCUGUCCUACCUGACGCAAUUAAACACUUUGCUUUCUGCUAAAAA